AUGGAAUCCAACAAGGAUGAAGCCGAGCGCUGUAUCAGCAUCGCCCUCAAGGCCAUCCAGAGCAACCAGCCCGACCGGGCGCUCCGCUUCCUGGAGAAGGCACAGCGGCUGUACCCGACGUCGCGCGUUCGCGACCUGAUCGAGUCCCUCAACCAGAAACCUCCAUCUGCCGGCGACCAGCCCCAGCCCACAGACACGACCCACGCGACCCGACGGAAAGCAAGUGGGUCCGAGGCCCCGUCGGCCAAUGGCGAGGCAGGAGGAGGAGGAGGAGGGGAGCCCACCAAAGGCUACACCGCGGACCAGGUGGCCGCCGUGAAGAGGGUGAAGCAGUGCAAAGACUACUACGAGAUCCUGGGCGUGAGCAGAGGCGCCUCCGAGGAGGACCUGAAGAAGGCCUACCGCAAGCUGGCCCUCCGGUUCCACCCCGACAAGAACCACGCGCCCGGCGCCACCGAGGCCUUCAAAGCCAUCGGCACAGCGUAUGCCGUGCUCAGCAACCCGGAGAAGAGGAAGCAGUACGACCAGUUCGGUGAUGACAAGAGCCAGGCGGCCCGGCACGGCCACGGCCACGGGGACUUCCACCGUGGCUUUGAGGCCGACAUCUCCCCUGAAGACCUCUUCAACAUGUUCUUCGGCGGCGGCUUCCCGUCCAGUAACGUGCACGUCUACAGCAACGGCCGGAUGCGCUACAACUACCAGCAGAGGCAGGACCGCAGGGAGAACCAGGGGGACGGCGGACUGGGGGUGUUUGUCCAACUGAUGCCCAUCCUCAUCCUAAUCCUGGUGUCGGCUCUCAGCCAGCUCAUGGUCUCCAGUCCGCCCUACAGUCUGAGCCCACGGCCGUCGGUGGGCCACAUCCACAGGCGCGUCACUGACCACCUGAACGUCGUCUACUACGUGGCCGACACCUUCUCUGCGGAGUACACGGGCUCCAGCCUGAAGACGGUGGAGCGCAACGUGGAGGACGACUACAUCGCCAACCUCCGCAACAACUGCUGGAAGGAGAAGCAGCAGAAGGAAGGCUUGUUGUACCGGGCCCGCUACUUCGGCGACACAGACAUGUACCACAAAGCACAGAGGAUGAACACCCCGAGCUGCAGCCGACUGUCAGAGACCGUGAAAUCCCUGGAGAAUUUUUGGUGA